AUGAUGCACCCUGUCCGCAAAAGCAGCCCCACACCGUGCACGCCACACUUGUGCCGCUCACAGAGCAGUGCAGCACGGGGACCAAACGCACAGACCCAGGCUUUAGAAGAGUCCGCUCGUCCACAGGAUCAGCUGUGUCCUGCUGCUUACUGCACAAAGGCGAUAGUAGAGAGGCGAACGCACACGGCCGCGGUCCUCUCCUCCUCCACACACUGUGCGCGCUGCGUCACCGCCGCGUCAGAGGUGGAGGCUCGAGAAGAGCAGCAAUGCGGAGGCUAA